AAGAUCCCAACAUAAGCAGGGAGACAGUUUGCGUGGGUUUGUGGGUGGCGGCGUUCGGCGAGCAUUAACACGAUGGCUUCAAGGUUGUGGGCUUCGAGGGCCGCUUCAUAUCUCAGGAUCUCAGUUUUCAACCGAGGAUUUGCCACAGUUGUGAAAGACUUAAAGUAUUUAGACUCUCAUGAGUGGGUGAAAGUAGACGGUAACUCUGCAGUGGUGGGCAUAACCGACCAUGCUCAGGAUCACUUGGGUGAUGUUGUGUAUGUCGAGUUACCAGAAGUUGGGGCUGCUGUGACACAGGGUGGCAGCUUUGGUGCAGUUGAAAGUGUCAAGGCAACUAGUGACAUCAACACUCCUGUUUCAGGAAAAGUGAUUGAAGUCAAUGGGGAACUUAAUAACUCUCCUGGUUUGGUGAAUGCAAGCCCGUACGAGAAUGGAUGGAUCAUAAAGGUGGAGAUGAACAACACAGAUGAAUUGAAAUCGCUGAUGGACUCGGAUCAGUACUCCAAAUUCUGCGAAGAAGAAGAUGCAAAGCACUGAGUGAUGAUGAUGCAUUGCUUCAAUGCGGAUUUUCAUUUCUGAAAGGGCUUGUUGCGUUGUUUUCUGUUUUAGUGAAGAAGAAGAAGAAGAAAGUAGGAAAUAAUUGAUUUCUCUUCCCCCCCUUCUCUCUCUGGCAUUUUGAUUCAACCACACUGCUCUUCUCCCUUCUUAUGAACAAAAUUACUGGCUCUUUGAUGUGGAAGUCAUCCAUGCUUGCUUAACACUUUUCCUUCUUCA